AAAUUGCUCAUCGAGUGUCAACAAAGAAGAGGAGGAGGAAGGAAGAGGAGGAAGAGGAGGAAGGAAGGAAGAGGAGGAAGAGAGCAAGCUAAAGAGAAGGAUGGUGACCGAUGAUGAGGAGCUGUCGAGGUUGGCGGAGGAGGCGUUGCUGCGUGAGGCUCAGCGCGGGGCCCAGAUGGCACAGAUCAGCGGGCCGUCUGGAUGGUUAAAGUGCCGGCUGCCAUCCACAAACAAGACCUUCCUACGCAAUACUCUGCUCGGAGCAAUGGCCUCGAACCGCGCCAAGGAGCGUCAGGACAGAUCCCGGAGCGAGCGAGAGAGAAUGAAAAGACAGCAGGAGGAGAGGGAGAGAAACACAUACAAGAGACUCUACCUGCACGCCAGCACCAAGAGCAGGAACCAUCCGCCUCUGCCGUCACCCGAGACACAUGCGAAGGAGGAGAACCACGGCAAGGAGACCAAAGAGAAGAGGAAAGAGAGAGAGAGCUCGAGCCAAGUCUUCAUGUGGACGGACUCAGGCCUGGAGCUUACGGGUCAUGCCAAGGAGGUGUUGGAUUCUAAAAAGAGGAAACUGAGAGACAAGAGCAAUGCGGAAAAGAGAGCGAGAGGUGCGGAUUCUUCGGUGCUGUCGAGGAAUAUUAAGUUCGUCCCAGCGAAUAGGGAGAAAAAGGAUGAUAAGAGAUAGUCCUGUUAGGCUCGGAAAG